AUGGACAACAACCACAAGCGAGCACCGGUCAACAUGCCACAAGAGCCUUGCACGGCGGAUGAGAUACGCAAGAAGCUAAAGAUAGAUGACACGGAGUAUGCGGUUGGCAUGAGUCCAGAUCUCACGAGCUGGGUCUCCUCACCCCUACGUUUCCUGACAAGCAUCCGCUGGCCUCCACUAUCUACCAGCUGGCCUGAUAUCGAAACACCUCCACCCGUACCAACACUUCACUUCGAUUGCAAGCCCGUUCUGACUCGAGUCGGCAUCCUCCAUCCGAUAUCAGAGCAAGGCAUGCCACAUAAACGAAAGUACGAUGGAACUACGUACCUAGUGUCUCGUGCUUAUGAGCUGGAGUAUAAUCUGGUCGACGCUAGUGGGAGAAUAAUCAAGCCAGGUGAUGUUAUCUUCGACCGUGGAUGGACUUCCAGGGCAGCACGACAUAGGGCCGUGGCAGAUGCCCUCCACGACCUGGCAUUAGACCUUCGGCAGUUGCUUGGAAAAUACAAAGCACAAAUGUUCCAGUGGCAGGAAGCUCAUAUCAAAUGGGAGGGCCGAUUUCUACAUCUGACCACAGCACAUACGACUGACGAUAUCAAUGCCGCAGUCACUCUAGCCCUCGCGCAACGGCGGGACGCAUGGGACACGGGCAAUUUUUGUUAUUAUCACGUUCCUAGAUACGCACAGGAACAAUUACUCCCUAAUGGACCGGCAGCGAUCACCCUGCAAGAACAGCUGAACAUGAUUGACUCCUUCAUAGACAAGCACCGAGAGCAGGCAAAAAGGCGGGAGGCUUGCGAAGCAGCAGAUGUCCCCGUGCCAGCAGAUGAAGCGGACAUAGAAAUCAUCGACCCUGGAGAGCCGGAUAAACCUCCGAAACGACCACACUUGACCAUUGGCAUUCUCAUUGACAAGAUACGUUCCUAUAAAGACAGUUUCAGUUGGAUAUACGAGCGCCACGAAGCCAUUAUCGUGGAUCGUACAGAUAAACCCCGGAGCCUGAUCGAAGGCUGUCGCAGAUUCGAUAUGGCAGAGCCAGAAGGAUUCCUAUCCAUGCUUAGGGGCAAAACCCAGAUAACGGACGCAUUUAAACGUGUACCCGCCUACACAGGCGCAGACCCAUACGGCGUCCUGGCGUCUCGCAUGUACGAGGCCCUCCUCAAAUCAGAUCGACCUUUCAAGUCUCUCUUAGACCCUCAGCUGCGCAAAUGGCACUCGCGCGCUGAUCUGGAAAUACUCUUUAGUAAUGAGGACUUGGAAAAUACGAAGUUUGCUGAUUGGCCGCUAUCAGAAGAAGUGAGGGCUGCCUUGCUUACCUUCAUUCCUGAGUUGGACCAAGUUUAG